UUUCAUUUUUAUAUCGACAACCACGUCGAUAAGUCUCCUUACCGUGUAAUAGUUGGCUUGCAAAGGUAGACAUGAGGAUCACGCUUGUUCUGCUGGUUGCCUUAAGUUGUCUUGCAUGCGUGCAUUCGUUUGGAAGAGGUGGGAGACGAAGGAACAGUUCAAAUAGCUUAACACCCAAAGACUCCCCAGGGCGUGGUAGACCUGCAAUACGUAGCUCUAGAAGGGCACCUGUAGGGAGUGGUAGCCGAUUGGGUGGGUCUGCACUUCCGUCGGGUGGACGAGGAUUUGGAGCAGAGGGACAAAGACAGGGUGGACGAGGACUUGGAGCAAGGGGACAAAGUCCGGGUGGAGGACGACCUACAGGAAGAGGACAAAGAUUUGGUGGACGAGGACGUUCAUCAUGGGGACGACGACCUGCAAGGCGAGGACCCACAAUAGGGCGGCGCCAGCCACUUGGGCGAGGAGGCCCCAUCAGAAAUCCAUUUAUGGCUGCUCUCGGAAUGGGCGCCGAGCGUCGACAAUGGCUACGUAUGGUGGACGCAAAUAUCACCAUCAAGGAGUCAGCUAAGUUCAACAGGACCACGGAAUUCAUUAUUCUGUCAUCAUUUGACAGAAGGCUAAUGAAUUCUAAUAUUUCAUCCGCAUUUUCAGCUUAUGACUUUCAAAACGGAGUGGCUGCAGCUCUACUCAGGAUAAACAACACCAAAGUCUGUCUGGUGUUCCCCAUUUCAGACUUCAACGCAGCGGUCAACUCAAUCAGUGGCAGAAAUGUGUCUCAGCUCGUAACAACACCAGAUAAUGAUGAAGAAUAUAUAAUGAAGACAGAUGAUAAGAUGACAGAUGCUGAGCUGGUAGCUUUCAAUUCGACCUCACCUGCCCUGUACCAGAUCUGCCAGGGACGACGCACUACACCAGCUAUUAUCAUCGACGCCACGACAACAGUACAAAUUGGUGACGACGUAGCAGAUCUAGACCCUGUGACGUUCUUGUCAAUCAACGGCAAAGUAGAUAUCUAUCUCAAGUCUACAUUAUCACUAUAAUAAAAAAAUCCUAUAUUCAGUGUUUUCCAGAAAUCCUCGCUGUUUCUGAAAGAGUGGAAACUAAAAGCUUCUCUCAUCAUGGUAUCUUACAAGAUAUCAAUUGAAUUAAUGGACUUGUCAAUUGUAGGAACUGCCAAACACUACAUGUACAUUUAGUUUUGUAAUGAUAUUCCUGAAUAUUUUGAGAUAUGAAUAAAUACACUUUUUUACUGAC